UCAUAUCUAGGCCUACAUGGGAUAUGUAUACACAACUGUGAAACAGAAAGUGCAUAUGGAUUGCUGUUUGUGAAAGUGUUUGUUGUGAACUCAAAGUCUAGCCUUUCGCUUGUGGAAAAAAAGUUCAACUUCCAGCUUUCUCCUUGAGAACAGAGUAUAUCUAGUGGAUUUUGUUACCAGGUCUUCAUUUGGACGGAGCCGUGACAAUCUAAGAGAAAUCCAAGAUGGCUGUCGAAGGUUGUGCCAAGGUCAUCAAGUACCUGGUGUUUGUUUUCAACCUCUUGUUCUUUCUCUCUGGCUGUGCCAUUCUGGCCCUGGGUAUCGUCCUGCAUGUCAGGGAGGGUGGUUAUGCCACUCUCCUGCCCAGCCUACCGUUCCUGAACGCUGCCAACGUCUGCAUCGCUGCCGGCAUCAUCGUCCUAGUUGUGGCCUUCUUGGGUUGCUGCGGAGCCAUCAAAGAGAACGCUUGCUUGCUGUUGCUGUUCUUCAUGUUCCUUCUGCUCAUCUUCAUCUUGGAGAUUGUUGCUGGCAUUGUCGGCUUCGUCUACCGUAAUCAGAUUCAGGAGAGAGUGACUGCAGACUUGAAGGAUGGACUCGAGAAAUAUAACACAUCGGGUGAAGAGGGUCUGACGGAUGGCUGGAACCGCCUUCAACAAAAGUUGGGGUGCUGCGGUGUCAACAGCUCAUCUGAUUGGGGUAAUAGUGUACCAGAUUCUUGCUGUGUAACAUUCUCUGACGGAUGCGCCGCCCAACCCAGUCCGGACAUUUAUCAGAAGGGAUGCUUGGAUAAGCUGAUUCGUCAACUGGAAGAGUCCAUCUACUACAUUGCAGCCGGAGGAAUUGUCAUUGGGUUGUUCCAGAUCCUAGGCAUGGUGUUUGCCAUGGUCCUUUACUGCAACAUCAAACGUGAAGGAAAAUAUGCAUAGGCGACACUCGGAGGUACCAAGGCUGGGCCAAAACCAGACAUGUCCAUUUCUGGUCUAUGGAAGAGUUGACAGCAACCAGUGUAUGCAAGAAAAAGGAUUCAAUCAGGCUUCUUUAUAUAUUUUCAGUUGACCGAUUUAUUAUGCUGCCUGUUGUAUUGUGGUAACCAGUGAAAAUUUUUCAAAGUGUGUAUAACUUCAGCUGGUGCACCAAGAGUAGUAGAACUUUGGUAAUGUGCUUCACAGCACUUUCAGGAUUGCUGAAAGCUGUGGUGUACCAGCUGCCAAGCAUUAGCCGGCAUACAUUCACUGAAAUUUUAGGCGGUCAACAUGAAGUCGUGCUUAGGAAAAUUUGUUGUCAGCGUGAGCACUGUGCUUUACUUGCGUGCAAUUGGUUAACAUCAUCUUAAUCAUGGUAUCAGCAAUGCAAUUGGUUUGAGGCUGCCUUUGGAAUUGACCUGUGCAUAUUCGUGUAAAUGCACUGUAGAUUAAAACCCACAGGUCUGAAAUGUAAGAUACUUAAUCAAUCCAACAGUUUGAACUCAUUGGAAUUGUAUAAGUUCAAGCGAAAUAUCCUCCAAUCGGGGUAUGGAAUUAAUUACAUCGUUGAAUUCUCAUACAUUCUUGCCAGUAUUCCCUAAUGGGGAAAUAAUUUCAGUAAAACUGUGUACAAGAUUUCGUCACUCGUGGUUUACCUCUCUCUUUAAAACACUGGAAAGGAUGGAAAGGCAUUUUCCAGAAAUCAAAUCAUGAAAAUGACUUCAAAUUGUUGGAUGUACCGUACAUGUAUGAAUGGCUUGUGGUAAAUCUUGUGAAUUUUUUCAUUGAUAAUAAAGUGGAUGUAAUAAGCACGGAUUGUUUUUUGCUAAAUUCAGAGAUUUAGAGGAACAAGAAUACGUCUUGUGCGAGUCGAUGGAUGCAGUUAGAUCCAAAAUGUGAGCUUAACUUGGCCAGUCUUCAGUGAGCUAAUUUUGUCUGGAGCUGGGUACUGGCUAAGUAUUCUGAGUGAUUUCAUUGGCUUACUCUAUUGACUGGUACUCGCAUUGUUUCCAACACACUGUACACGAUUGGGUUACCACUGCUUACCAGCUAAAGGCCACUGUGUACUUAGGCAGUAUGCACCAGUCUAUGUUUCUCUCAUGAUCACCUGACAGUGACCUCGCACUGUGAUUGGCUGAUUUGAACAUUUGUGCUUUCCAUUUUGAAUAUGACUGUAACCAGAGACAUUCACAACUUAAUUAUAAAAUUAUGAAAUUAUGUAGUGAGAUAUUUCAGUUUAGGGUUGAAGGGUGUUAUUGUAUUAAGCAAAUAGCUCAUAGAUUUGCUUGUAAAUGUGUAGCAGCUGUUUUUAUGUUGGUAUUUGGUAUACAUGUAUUUUCUGCUUAUAUGAUGUGAAAAAAAUUUUGAAAAUGCUGUGCUGCCUCUGUUCCUCAAAAAAAAAAAAACCCAGAAAUAUGAGGGUCUAAGGAGUACAAAGAUAGUAUAAGUCCAAAAUUUGGAUGAUUGGAGUUAAUUUGCAUAAUUUUGCCUGACAUUUGUUCAAACCUUCACAGCGCAAAGUAUUAACUUUUUGAGGCUGGACACCACAUCAACCUGUAUUUGUGUUACUUGUACACCAAAAGCGAUUUUUCUUGGUAGGGAGUUUCUUGGAUUUAAUUUUUUUUUACUGCCAAAAUAGGGCAUUGUUUUUGUGCCUAAAUUUGCAUAAUUAGGUUUAGAUUUGCCUCAUGUUUUUGAAGACAAAACCGAGGUUGUUUGUUGCCGUUGGUUAUUGCGGUAAUAUGUGCAUACAUUUGCAUGAUUUGAAUAUUUACAUCAAAAACUCUACCUGCAUUCAUUGAGAACGAAAGAAAUGGAGACUGAACUCUGAUCCAAAUCAGAUAUGGUGGAGGGAACGCACAAAACAUUUUGGAGCUUGGAGCUUGCAUGUUCUUCAUCAGGUACUGUAAUUCUAAACAUUUACAUUUACAUAUACUAAAAAACUUGGCAUAUAUUUUGUACUAGAUGGCUUAGUGUGCACUUUACUAUAAGAUAUAGUCAUAUAUUCAUUUUACUUACAUCUUUCUAGUAAUAUGUAUUCUUAUUUUUCAUUAUUUUUGUAGUGUCAAAGGCAAGAUUUAGUGGCAACCUUGACAAUUGAGGUUUCAGGUUGUGGGGAAAAGAUGAAUUCAAGCUCUUAAAGUGACUGUCUCCUGGGGAUCGUUAAACAUAUGGAAUCCAUGCAGUCUGCCCGCCCGGAUUGUUGUUGCUCCUUUAAUUUCAAAGCGGAUGUUGUCUGCCUUGGUAGUUAUGUCAGUGGUCUCGCAUUGCGCACUGGCGCUCCCCUCACUUUUUUCCUCUUUUUUUUUUUACCUGAAAUGUAAGUAGUGAAACUGCUUUGAAACGUAUGAUUCUUUUUUUGCUGAAAUAGUUUUUUUAUACAGCUGUUUAAGCGCCACUGAAAGUCUCUUUAUGGAAGAGAUAAUAUUUCCGAAAGGAAGGAAAACCUGUUUAUUUCUCAGUGAUGAAACAUUCUGGUUAAAAUUAUCAGUUUUCGUUUUCACAAACUAAAUACACUGCCGAAGUACUACUCUUACUGUGUUAGCAAAUUGAUAAAUUAAAACUAGUAUCCCAAAAUUACGUAUGUUAGUACUAUAAGCUGAGUAAAAGUACUAUUAGUGAGUGAAUAUUGGAUCAGCAAAUUACUUGGUAAGCAGAAAUCGACUACCAAAAAUUUACAGCUCACCCAGUCAGUUAAAUUAUUCCCGUGAAGUCAAUUCGGUCUCUUGCUAAGGAGAAUUACUGCUUUACAUAUUGUUUUGAAAUGGGUCUUUCUGUUUAGAGUUAAUAAGUAUACAUGUUGUCGCUUUAUAGUCGCCAGUUUUGGAAAGUUUUCAACAGGAAAAUGCCUGUGUCCUGAUUUUCUUGAGUCAUGAUUUGGAUUGUUCAGAUGGAUUUGAAAGACACGAGCCUUUGCGUGUGUAUUGACGGAAAUGCGGUCUUCAAAGCGUACUAGUACUUUGGUGUGCAUCCAAAGUACGCUAUUCAAAGUCAUUCCCGUAAUGCGUUCAUAAUGCACCUGCCGUAGUCUCUCACUCAGCCGCUUUAAUGCAGCACUUGUCGCCUGCUCAUGCUGAUAGAAACGCACGACUGACGUAGCCAAGCUUGCGAAGUUUAUACGGAAGGAGUCUAUGCAAAUAUGGACACAGUACUGCUGUUUGCGUAGUGACCAAAGUGAGGUUUUUUGCCCUGGAUAACUUGGCUGCGAAAUAAAAACAUUGUUGAACGCAAAACACCGCGGGCUAAUACAGAAAGUUGAGAAUACACGGUUCAGCGAUGUUGUUUGAGGUUGGUGUGGAACUUUGAUAUAUUUUUGGAGGAGGUUGUGUUUACUGUAAAGUCUGGAAUCUGGUUUUCCUGGUUCGGUGGUACUGAAUUGGUAUUUUCGUACAAAAUAUAUUUUCUUAUUGGGCAAGUCCAUUAUAUAGUAAUUUCAAUGAUUUUGUCCCUUGACCAUCGGCGUGGCAGUAUUUUUUCUGGUUCCGAGCUUGUAUGUUUCCCAAAUUAACGUCACCCGUUGCUACAGCAGUGAAGGGUGUCGGCAUUUGUGCCUGCGCCUUUCCGUUCCACUGUUUUUUGUGGAAGGAUUCAGCGAUUACUGGCGACCGACUUUGGUUGGGGCGACGGGUUCGAGGUUGAGAGAAGCUUGAACUUUGUUUUAUGAAUUUUUCAAAAACCUUUUCAACAGAUUCAAGCAUUGUAUAUUCGCAUAUGGUUAAAUAUGUUUCUCAUAUUGUCACAAUCUAGUUGUAGAGUUGUAAUCUAUCAGACUUAUUGUAUUUGUGACGUCAGAUAUUAAUGCUUGAUUUGAAGUUCUGUCUCAGAGAGCCUUUUAGAUUGAGUUCUACCUGUCACUUUAAAAGUUGAACAUCAUGUUUACAAAUCUGGCAGCAUGAUUGCCCAAAGUUUAUCUCACUGAAUCAGAAGUGUGCAUUUAAAUGGGAUGGUUGGUACACCAUCACACAGUGCUUUUUUCUGUAAAGGUAAACGGUGACUUCGUUCUUGGAUUGUAGAAUAAUUGAAAAUUAUUUGUAGAUCUUAUUGCUAGAUACCGUGAGUUGCUUAUCCAGUGGUGAAUAAAAACGUGUCUGUGUGUAGA